UCAAUUCAACUUCUACACACAAAUAAAAAUGGUGGUCCUAUUGCUUGAAAAAUAUUUUGUAAUUUAAAAUAAGUUUAGAAAUCAUUGUAUAACAAUAACAGUAGUCUUCAAUAGUUAUAAAUAUUCCCAUAUCGUAAAUUGCAUCUGGUGCCAUUACGUGGUGCGUAAGCAAGUGUUGUGAAUUGUGACAAAUAACAGGUUGUUGAAGACACCGAAAUCGUUGCGAUUUUGUAUACUUGCUAUAUUAUUCAGAAUAUCAAAGCGAAUACCAUUUAAAUAUCGAUCGAGCCGACGUUUGUAUAAUAACUAGAAUUGCAAGUAAUGUCAACAUCACAUACAUUGGCUAAUACAAGCUGGACGUCUUUAUUUCAAUCAGCAUGUGACCCACAUCUGAGAUUUCUCUUCCUUGUAUAUUGACGCUGAAGUUCUAUUAUCAUUAACAAAAAGAGAUAAUAAGCCGGCGAGAGUGAAUUGUUGAUUUCAAAUGAUCAACACGUUGGAUAUGUCAUGUUAUGGACUUGUCACGGUUGACUUAAACCUCAGCAGCUCUCGGGGGGUCAGAUAUGGUACGCGGGGCUCCUUCAGACGUCGAUGAAACCGGUCACUAUUACUUGAAAUAAUUCUGAAAAUUCAUGCAAACAUAGUUUUAUUUAAAAGUUUUUAAAGUAAAUUUCGUAAACGUGUGAGUAAAGUUCUGUGGUGUAUCAAAAUGAGACUGAAAGAAUAUCCACCUAUUACUCAAAACUAAAGGGUGAAGAAUGAAGUAGGAUGGCUCAUGCUGAGAAUCACCGGUAUAUUGUGCAGGUGUUUGUGGGAGCACUGUCUGCACAAUAUGAAGCAUUGUCAGUGGAGGCAUCAAAGCAAACCAGCUCGGAGGAGAUUGUGUGCUGCAUCGCUGAAAAGCUCAAACUUAAUGAUGUAGUCGGGGGACCAUACGAGCUGGCGGAGGUGGUCGGAGAUAUGGUUAGUGGGGAAUGCAAGGAGAGGAGGCUCGGACCAAACGAAUCCCCGGUAGCCGUCAUGAUGCUUUGGCCUAACAACAAUUCAGGACAAUAUUACAGGUUUUACUUGCGCGAGAAGAUACCGGACGAGCCCUGGAUGGAAAACUUCUCAGUUGAUCCUCAGCUCAUAAAAGAUUACUUCCAGAGGUUCCUAUACCAGCCCAAGGACCGCGAGUAUCCCGACCUGUGCCAGCUGCCAGAACUAAACGAGCAGACCUUACUCGACAACCUCAGAGCUAGAUUUGCUGCUGGAUAUAUUUACACAUAUGUCGGAUCUAUAUUAAUAGCUCUGAACCCUUUCAAGUUUUAUCCGAUAUAUAAUCCGAAGUACGUGAAGCUGUACCAGAACAAGAGGAUAGGGUCCAGCCUACCACCUCACAUCUUCGCGGUCGCGGACGCUGCGUACCACUGUAUGCUUCGAGAGAGAACUAAUCAGUGUAUUGUAAUAAGUGGAGAGAGUGGAUCUGGUAAAACGGAGAGUACAAAUUUUCUUCUUCAUCACUUAACAGCGCUGAGUCAGAAAGGCUCCCACGGAAGUGGCGUUGAACAAACUAUAUUGAGCGCCGGUCCCGUACUGGAGGCUUUCGGCAACGCUAAAACAGCGCACAACAACAAUUCCAGUCGAUUUGGCAAAUUUAUACAAGUGAAUUACAAAGAAAAUGGCAUGGUCCAUGGUGCUGUGGUCCAGAAAUAUCUUCUGGAGAAGUCUAGAAUAUGCAGUCAAGGUCGCAAUGAGCGGAACUAUCACGUGUUUUACUAUUUAUUGGCGGGUGCAUCGGAACAAGAGAAGGAGCAACUGCAUCUGCUCAGUGUGGACAAAUAUAACUAUCUAUCAAAGACUGGUUGUAGUGUAGUGCCCGGUGUUGAUGAACAGUAUGAGUUUUCUAGACUGAAGCAGUCCAUGGAUAUGGUCGGCUUCACUAUGGACAAACAGAGAAGACUCUUCGCCGUACUAUCAGCUGUACUUCUGUUAGGUAAUGUUGAGUUCCACCCUCAGCGUAAGUCGUACCAUCACGACGAGGCUGUGGGUGUACGGAACCCUGAAGUGGUGUCUCUAAUAUCAUCACUGUUGAGGGUCAAGCAGGAAACACUCUUGGCCGCACUCACCUCCAAGAGGGCGCGGGCCUCGGGGGAGACCCUAGUCAUCAACUACCGUCUUCCUGAAGCAAUAGCAACUCGCGACGCUAUGGCCAAGUGCCUGUACGGAGCCCUCUUCGACUGGAUCGUGAUGCAAGUCAACCACGCACUGCUGUCCAAGAAAGACACACUCCGAGACCAUCAGGGUCAUAGUAUAGGCGUCCUCGAUAUAUUCGGCUUCGAGGAUUUUGGACCGAGCAACAGCUUCGAGCAGCUGUGUAUCAACUACGCCAACGAACACCUACAGUACUACUUCAAUCAGCACGUGUUCAAGUACGAACAGGAGGAGUAUAGGAGGGAGGGCAUUAGGUGGACGGACAUCGGCUUCUCAGACAACACGGGCUGCUUGCAGCUCAUAGAGGGCAAGCCGGGGGGGUUGCUUUGUCUAUUGGAUGAUCAGUGCAAUUUUCCAUGGGCGACAAACGAGACGUUACUUCAGAAGUUCAACUCAGUCCACGAAGAUAACCCCUUCUACGAGAAGCCGCAGCGAAGAGAACCCGCUUUUGUUGUUAGACAUUACGCUGGCAGGGUUAAAUAUCAAGUGACGGCCAUGAGAGACAAAAAUUUGGAUCUUAUGCGACAAGAUAUAGUAAGCGUUCUGAAGAAUUCCUCAUUGGCGUUUGUACGGGAAUUGGUAGGUGUGGAUCCUGUGGCUGUAUUCCGAUGGGCCAUCGUGAGGGCGUUUUUUAGAGGAUACUUCGCAUUUUUAGAAGCUGGUAGAAGACAUCGGGUAAAUAGGGUCGAUGGAGCGUCCAGAGUACCCCGACCCUCGAUCCAAGCUCCGAAUGACAGCAUCAUAAGGGGGGUGACCCGCGGCGGGGGGUGUAGGGCGCGCGGCUACAGGCUGGCGGACACGCGCGCUCGGCGACUGGAGCGUGCGGACCGCAUGGAAGACCACGACGUGCUGCAGCGAGCCAGUCUCAUCGUCAUGAAGAACAAGUCGUUCAGGCCUCGGGAGCGCGCUAAGAAAGGUCUCAAGAACUUACAGAGUGUGAAGACGCUAGCGGGACGGACGGCGCCUGCCGGAAAAAGAAAGCAACCACUCACUGUAGCGGCGCAGUUCCAACACUCGCUGGCACAACUCAUGGAGACGCUCAACCAAGCUAACCCGUUUUUCAUCAGAUGCAUAAAAUCGAAUAGCGACAAGGUACCAAACGUGUUCGACGAGGAGACGGUGCAGCGACAGUUGCGUUACACGGGCAUGCUGGAGACUGUCCGCAUCAGGCAGGCCGGGUACAACGUGCGCCUCACUUACGACGAGUUCAUACAGCUGUAUAGAAUACUGCUACCGAAAGGUCUACUCAGCUCACAAACAGACGUGCGACACUUCCUCGCCACCCUGAACUUGGAUAGAGACAAUUAUCAAUUGGGCGCUACAAAGAUCUUUAUGCGUGAGAGUGAGCAGACCAAGUUGGAGUAUCGCCUUCACCAGCAGAUCAUGGCGUCCAUCAUCACCAUACAGAGGUGGUUCAGAGCCGUGCUGGAGAGGAGGAGGUUCCUGGCACUGAGGAGGGCCUCCCUCGUCAUACAGACCUACUGCAGACAAUGGCUGGUGAUCCGUCAAGAGGCGGCAACACGUAUCCAAGCGUAUUUCCGCGGCAGUCGUGUGAGGCGGUGGUACUUACGUCUGAGGGAGUCAGUCGUGGGCUUCCAGGCGGCGGCCAGGGGUUUCCUACUGCGGAACACGUUACCGGAACUGAGGCGACGCCUGCCCUCCAAGAACAAGCAUGAGAGUAAAGCGGCUCUAGCACCGGAGACGGCCGUGUUCAAGAGUACGAGCAUAGAAAAACUUAAGAAUAUUAUUGACAUUCAAUUAAAUAUGCUAAUACAAGAAGAAGCGGAGAAAACAAGACAACUACGAGCAACACAGUCACUGCCAAUAGCGAACUUAACGAAAAAACGAGAUAACUUACUGGAGAACUCCACGGCGCAGACUUACAACAAGAGACGGGCGUUGAGAACGCUCAACAUACAGGAGACGGCGAACAAACAGAGCAAUGCGACCCUUCAUCAAGAAGCAAAUGAAUCGUCCCCAGAAGAAAGUUGGAACGUUAAUUCCAGUAAAUACCCUCAAGGUAUAGUGGCCUGGUCCAACAAGAUCACGCCGGAGGACCUGGCCAAAGAACUGCUGUGGCUGAGGAUUGACCAGAACUAUCUCAUAGCUGAAAAGAAUAAGCGAGAACGUGAGCUCGCGGAGUCCAUAGCGAGUAGCAGUGAGGAGUAUCUGAGACAAGUUGGAGAUUGGAGUCCAGGGGAGAGUUCGGAUACCACCAAGAGCAGUUCCAGAAGGACAUCCCCUCAAGUUUACCAGCGUAGUCUAUCGAGUACCACGUUGGAGCCGCCGUCGCGGGGCCUACACAGUCUGCCGCCUGUUAGACGAGACCCGCGGGACAAUAGGGACUCCAGGGAUCAAAGGGACUCGCGACCGGACUCGCAGUCAGAUGCGGCCUGCGUGUCCGUGGCGCCGGUCCCCCCCGCGCCCCCCGCCCGCGCCGCUCGCAGGUCCCCGCGCCGGGCGGCCGGGGCCCCACAGAUAACGCUGCCGAACGCGGAACAUGGAGACAUCAAACGAGCUGCCUCGGAGGUUUCUGUGGGUGGGGGUGAAGCUCUUCGUCGUCGUAACUCGGACCCGGCGCCCGAGCCGCGACCCCCCUCACAGGAUUACAUCGGACAUACUGCCAAUGGACUCUUCGGAAUCGCUGGACACAGGUUCCGCAAGGGCACAAGAUUCGCGAAAGGCGAUAAAUGUGUGUACUGCCACCAGGCGAUCGACGCGUUCGUCACCCAGGGCCAGAGGUGUAUCGACUGCAAACAGCUGUACCAUACGAAGUGUAUCCAGAACAAGGGCGUCAUAACCAUGCCGUGCCCGAGCCCCGUCACCGUGGCCGUGCGGAACAGAAAUAAACACAGGAAGAGGAUCAUGAUGAAGGAAUCGCCGUAUAAUAUAACGAGCGACCAAACCAAGGGUCCCGCGGCCGGCUCCAACUUCAGCCUGACCGGCACGUCGGAGUUCAUCGACAGGACGGACAAGAUAAUAUCCGACGCCAACGAGCUGCAGGCGAUGCAGAGCUUCAUCACCAAGAAGAUCUACUUGAUGGAGUCCUCCGAGCACGAGAAGCAGUCCGAGGUUGAUAGAGUUUUCAAACACGCCCUACGGGAAUUCAAAGAUAAUUUAGUGGCUACGUACAGCGUGGUGGAAACUAGGGGCUCGGCUUUAAAAUACAAAGAUUUGAUCGGUAACUUCUUACACGUUAUGGAGACGGUUUGUGCGAGAGAGGGCUCGACCUUAUCUAUCACUAUGGGAGUCAACGCGUUCAGAGGAUUCAUGGACGAGUUCAUGAGCCAACACGAAACAGAUAAAGCCCGGACCAAGAGAAAAAAGGACAAGAAGAGAAAGUUGGACGAUCCCAUCCAGUACAAGGGACACAACUUCAUACUGACCAUGAUCAACAUACCGACCGAGUGCGAGAUAUGCAAGACGUUCUUCAUGUGGCCCAUAGAGAGGUCCCUCAUAUGCCAGACGUGCCGCCUCGCUUCACACAAGAAGUGCUACAUGAAGGUAUCGACUCAUUGUCGUAAGGACGCGGGAACACCGUCGGCUGCCAUCGUGGGGGCUGUGGACGCCGGAGGACGAGAACAGUUCGGAGUACUACAGAGAGGGAAGGUGUUUGGAGUGCCAUUGAGUGACCUGCCGACCGGCGAGGGCAACAUACCCGUCGUGGUGGACCGCCUGAUCACUACCAUUGAAAUGACCGGACUUUACACGGAGGGGCUCUACAGGAAGAGUGGACUCAGUUCUAAGGUCCGUGAGCUCCGUCUUCUGCUAGACGAACGGCCAGAGGAAGGUGUUGAACGUCUGGACUCGUACGCGGUCCACGUGCGCGCCUCCGUACUCAAGAGUUUCUUCCGGGAGCUGCCCGAGCCGCUGCUGACUUUUGACCUCUACGACGACUUCAUACUAGCCGCUGAGAUCACAGAUCCACAGGAACGAGUGUCUACAAUUUUCACUAUCUUAAAGAAAUUACCGAAACCUAAUUAUGAUAUGGUUGAGAGGCUGAUAUUCCACUUGGCGAGGGUGGCGCUGGGAGAGGAUCAUAAUAGAAUGGGCCCGAAUGCUUUGGCGAUAGUUUUCGCUCCGUGCAUUCUUCGCACUCACAAAGUACAGCCGGCUCAGGAUUCACUUCACGACAUAGCUAGACAAACGGCCUGCCUUGAAGCCAUACUCGUGGAUAAGAUUAAUAAUACGCGGGGUACACUAGCGGACAUAGCGACAUUAGACAAGGCCUGCGCCACGGCAUCCGACCGCCUCACCAUGAUGAGACGCAGCGCCGCCUGCAGGCCCGAGGAGCGCAUACUGGAGGGACACAUACACGAGAUACAGAAGGAGAAGGCCAUACUCACCUCCAACCUGCCCUCGCUGUUCAGAACGACCUCAGACGACGACCUUCUAUCGACGACGGAUCAUGACGGGGAAUUUGGCAGCACCGACGACCUCAGCACGGGGGCGUCUUCACUGAGGUCACAGAGACUCCUGCACCGACAACUGUCCUCUGACGACCCCAUCAUGGUGUGAAACACCUUCCAAGAAUAUCUCAAUACCUCAACGGGUUCAAGACAUGUCGUUCGACUACGAAAUAUACGUAUUUUAAGAUCGUCACAAUUACAAGUCUCCUUUGAUAUGAAUGUAGUUUAUAUUAUUGUAUAGCUGACUAGACACUACCUGCGACGUCGCUUCCCUCUAACUUCUAAGCAUCGUCUACAUAUUGUGCACAUGUUGGUAGUGAUGUAACGUUCUGGGAAGAUACGUUUGAAUUUUGUCAUUUUAAACUUCCUAACAUCUGAAUUAUAGCUAUUAUAAAACUUUGUUCCGUACGGUGUGUAGGUCGGUGGAAACAAAGAUCGACAUACACAAUGUAGAUAACUAAGAUACGUAUUGAAAUCGUUGACUUGAGACAACGAGAAGCCAUAACAACAACAUCCCAACACAUACAUCUACUGCCAUAGUCUGCACUGAGGUAUAAUGUGGGCAGAGAGUUGGUACAUUUCUAUACUAUUUGAUGUUUUCUGCGAGAAUGUUUUGUAAAUUGAUAAUUAUGUAAAUAUGUUAAUUUUUUGUUAUUGUUAUUUAGUAAAACUUACAUAAAAAUUAUCUUUACAUAGUGAAAAUGUAACAUUUUUUAAUGUUAUCCUUAAUUUGUUAGAAAUGGAUACGAACACUUGUUAUGGCACUAUUUAUGAACCACAACGUUAGUCCCUAACAUGAUAUUGAUUUAUUAAUAAGGUUUUAGUUAUUUUAGUUAAUUGUUUCACAGAUAAAGUUAUGUCACUUUAAUGGAAACGUGGCUGUUUAGUUGCAGAUCUGUGUGUAAAAAAAAUUAAUUUCUUUGUCUAACUUAUAUUAUUUUUCUUGGACAGCAAAAUGUAAAGUGUUGCCUAAAAGUUGAAUUCCUAUAAACUCAGGAUAAAUAAAUUGUACUAUAUCCUUAUAAUGGGUAAAUCUUAAACGUGAUGGUUCAAAGUCAAUGUUGACAUAUUUUACUGCAUAAGAAACCAUAGCGUACAUUUUGUUGUUUCUAUUGUUAAAAAUUACUUUUAUACAAAAUGAUACAAUACGAUAAACGAUAAAAUCAAGACAAAAUUACUCGCCUGUACACACUAAGAAUUUUACACUUUACACAACGGAAACAGCAAUUUUGAGGCCUAAACUAAGUUUUUUAAGUGUAUCGUUUACAAAAAAAACAUCAAUGGAUGCCAUUGCCAUUUUUUUUUUUAAUUAACGGAACGGAACAUUUUUUAUUUGAAAUUAUUAUAAUUUUUAAAAAUGUGAUAAAUAGAGAUUUAAGGUUAAAGGGAAUAUCAACAUAACAUAAUUUACAAUUAGUUACUAACAAGUACUUUUUAAUCAGAAUAGAAGUAUCCGGUUCAGAAGCAUCGUCUCGCCGUUAUCCGCGGCGCGCCACAGCAGUGAUGUGUUAUUCCAGCGGGAGACGUCUCGUAGGGCUUAGUGUUAGGAGCAUGUUUCUUGUUUAGUGGCUAUUGAAUGUUACAAACGUUUGGUGUGUGGCGAGAGCGUCGCUUGUGGUAUAUCUGUUAGUGUUACCGAUUGUACCUUGCUUAUAUUUUAUUCGUUUCAUAAUCUAAAAGACUGUCUAUUGUUAAGCUUUGAAAUUUAUUGUUAAGUCACAAAAUGUUUUGUCUGCUUUUAAUUAUUUACUUACUAUUCAGACAACGAAUGUUUCUGUGAAUUUGUAAUUUUAUGCAUUUUGUUUUUGCUUAGCGUUACGAUUCGUUUUGAUAUGUCGCUGUAAUAUUCUAUUAAGAGGCCAUUACUUUAGUAAUUUUUUUGGAAUCUCGCAUUUUUUUUUCAUUUUUGUAAAUAAAUCAAAAAUGUUUGGUAUUGCUACUUCAUCGAAACUAUUGAUUUUGUAACUUAUUUUGGUGCCAAUCAAACGAGUAUUUUUAGUGAACGUCCGAAGCUGUUAUUGUGGGUUGUGUCACAGUACGUUACUGCUCUUUCUGUGCCUUCAACUUAUUUGCUUUCUGUAAGCAGCGGUUCGUGUAAUAAAUGUUUAGAUGUUAGUAUACUGUCCUGGAUGUUGAUACUUGCUAUGUAUGUGUAGUGGAUCAUAGAAAAAAUAUUAUUAGCUCCGUACGACUAGUAAUUAUAAAAGUAAUAUUUUCUAUAUCAUAUAUCUUUCAGGUGUUUUACUCUAUAUACGUGAAAACUUUGCUUGAAGUUGUAGGUUUAAAAAAAAAACAUAUAUUUGUGAUCCCAUUUUAAUGUCAUUGAAGCGCGAGUCUGUUUAGAUAAAAUAAGACGAUGUGUAAUUUUUUUUUUGUAAAUAAAAAGUUUGUAUAAUUUCUUUAAGUUACUUCUGUAUUAAUUCUGAGAAUUGUUUUAUUUUAGGUGAUGAUACUUCUUAGGAAUAAUAAUAUACUACUUUUUGAUUAACGGUGUUUUAAAUUUUUAACAGGUGCAUCUAGUUCGAUCCGAGAUAUUAACAAGGGUUCUGAAAACUUUUUGUUAUAAAGUUAAGGUUAAUUUGAUGUUUACUUCCAAGAGACACCAACAAACUUUAUAUACGAGAUAUAUCAAUAAAACAAGCUCUUAUUUACACUUGACCAUUGAUUUUACUAAUUAUGAGUACAAAUCUUGCAGAAUCACAAAUAUUUUUGGAGCUCCAAUACAAAACAAAUAAAAGCUUGUACAAGACAAACUGCCACUGAUUCAAUAUUUUAUGAUAUUAUCUUAGUUUGAUAUUCUAAUUGAUGCAAAAAAAAAAACAGUAUUUAUUAAAAUUUCCCCUCUAAGGAAUAUCUUUUAAGUAAAUACAAGUUCUUUUAACAAUUCUUACUGAUGACUUGUAAUAUAUUAUUAAUAAUUUUGUUUUAGGAAUCCUAUAAUAAUUUGUCAAUAUAAUGAUUAUAAAGAAAUGUAACCAAAAUAUUAUGCAAAUUAUGAUAAAAAUAAACAAUUGCUGUGGAUAAA